AAUUAACAUUAAUUUCUGAUAGUAGUAAUAUAAAUUAUAAUUAUAAUAUUAUUGCUAGUUGGUUAUUUGAUAUUAACAAUAAUAUUUUACUUAACCCACUGUAAAUGAAUGACAGGCAGAUGGUUUGAUUUACAGAUAAAGGGCGGGGUCCUGUCACUUUUUAUAAGUUUUAGCUGAUAUCGGACAGAUAUUGUUAAUAUUUUAUUUGCAAAUUUUUGAUAAAUCGUGUAUAUAUUUGAUAAAGUCGCGCUUUACAGCUGGAUUUUCAGACGAAACGUUUGAAUCGGUUCGACUGAAUUGUUCAUAUGACUCGAGCAUCAGUGAAGCGAGAGUGAGUGAGGGAGCGCAGAUUGAGAUCAGAUUUGAGAGGUGUCACUGUUAUAAUGAAGAUCAGACGCGUUUCUUCAAAUUAAUUCUCUUUCUGGACUCUAAAGCUUCAUUCUCCUGAUGAAUCGGGCGGGAAAAACACUCGUGUAGACUUCAGAGAGCUGAUGAGAGAAACUUUAACGCAUUGAAUCUUCAUCACGAUCCGAAGUUUAUCGGGUUUUAUCUGAAUAUCGUUGCUAAGAUGUUUUCUUUAUACUCUCUUGUCAUUUUUAUCUCGGGCUGGUACUCGUGUACACGUGUGCUGACGGUGAGUGCUGGUUCGGUUCUGUUGAACAGAGGUUCUGUUUCUCCAGCAGUCAAUCAGUGUGACUCCAGACUCAGUGAUCACGUGACUGUACAAAUGCCUCCCAACAUCUCAGGUCAUUGGGUGUCCAACAGUUGUGAGGUGAGACCCGGCCCAGAAUUCCUCACUCGCUCCUACCGCUUCUACUCCAAUCACACCUUCCAGGCUCUUCAGUUCUACUACCAGGACAACCACUGCACUCAGCCCAGCUACACGCUCCUGAUCCAGGGCAGCGUCCGGCCGCUGCAGGCCUCGUGGGUCGUCCGCGGGGGCACAGAGUCCGAAUACCACCUGAGCCGCGUUCGGCUGCUGUGUCACGGCCCGGCGGCAGAGCUGCGGCGGCGUCUAGAGACGGCCUGCGACCUGCGGCGGCCUUUGCGGCCGGGUCAGACCUACGAGUUGUGGGACGAGAGGUGGGCAUCGUCGGGUCGUGACUGCACCCGUGGCUUAGACUUCAGCAUGCUUGAACUGCAGCUCGUGCGGCUAGAGAGGCGGCAUCACCAUGGCGACCCCGGCCGACAGUUAGAGGAGCUGUUUCUGGGAGAUGUUCACACUGAGCGCGCUCAGAGGAGACUCCACCGACCCUCGGGCUACCAGACCCCCCUACAGAGCAUCAAGACCGAUGGCCGUCACUGCAGAAUUUGUCAAAUUAUCGCUUCGGCCGAUCUUCAUCAUCCACCUGUCUUGCCGUCCCAGAAGAUCCGGCCAGUACGUCUCCGUGGAAACUGGGUGAGCACACGAUGUGAAGUUCGCCCGGGCGUCCUCUUCCUCACCCGAUAUCUGACGUUCUACGAGGAAAGCGGCACUUGGGAAGGACGUUAUGACCAUUUCUCUGACCCCGCUUGCAGACGCCCGACCUUCAGCAUCACAGCCAGUGGAAGCUACAGCAGAGGACCUCCUUCAUCCAUGGUCAUGGGCGGUGUGGAGUUCACCUUCACAGUGACACACAUGAAGGUGACGCCGAUGGAUGUGGCCACCACGUCGCUUCUGAACGUCUUCAGUGGGCACGAAUGCGGCACGGGCGGCUCAUGGAAGCUGGCCGUCCAACGGGAUGUGACGUCGACGGCCGGUUGCGCAGCGCUGGGAAUCCGUCUGCCUCAUACAGAGUACGAGCUGUUCGGCAUGGGUCAAGACUCCAACGGACACGAUCUCCUCUAUAACGGCCAGAGGCCGACCAACGGCUCCAGUCCCGAUCGACCCCACAGACGUGCCACCUCCUACCAGCCGCCUCUGACCCGCUGCAUUGCUGGCCGGAAGGGGGAGACACAUUUGGGGAAAGAGGGAGAUCAAGAUUUCAGACUCAGCAAUGGAUGCCACAUCCGAGGUUUAUUUAAUCUCGUUGCAUUGAGCAUACUGAUCAAAUUCAUGUAGCAGGUAUGAACUUAUGAGAUUUUAGGAUCCGCCUGUUUGUUUGCACUACUUGAGGACACAUUUAAAGACUCGUCGGCCUCAUUCCGAUUAGAAAGAUGUGAGCCGGUGUGACAGAUUUAAAACCGAAUUUACAGCAUUCUGUGUGUUUUUAAAUGUCGGUUGAAGAUGGUUGUGGGUUGACACGUGCAUGCACACUAAACCAGUCCAGUGAUGAUCUCCUCUUUAUUGUAUAAAGAUCAUUAU